AUGUUCGGCGAGGAUUUUUCAAUAACUCAGCUGGCGAUUCCGGCUGUCAGUGUACUCAUUGCCUUUCUGGCUUAUACCUCACAGUACUUCUUUCUGCACUUUGAAUCUGUGCCUCUGACAACAGAUGAGACAUGGAAGAUCAACAUAUUUGCUGUGUGCAUAUGGAUAUGUUAUUACCGCACUUGCUUUGUAGAUCCAGGCCGACUACCGAAAACGGAGCGGCGGCCAAAGCCCGAGGAUCAAGAAAGUGACGAAGUCACUGGCCGCCAACGAUGGUGUCGUAAAUGCGAAGCUUACAAACCGCCACGAGCUCAUCACUGCAAGACUUGCAAGAGGUGCAUUCCAAAAAUGGACCAUCAUUGCCCCUGGACCUCGAAUUGCGUUUCUCAUUUUACACUUCCCCACUUCAUGCGCUUUCUGUUCUACGCAACUGUUGGAAUGUCAUAUCUUGAAACACUUCUUUGGCAGCGGGCUUCGUUUGUAUGGAAGAAUAGCCAUUUGCCAAGCUACAUGGGACCUACAAUUGGACAGCUUAUCCACCUCUUCAUUCUUUUAGUGGUCAACGGUUUUACCACUUUUGCCCUGGGUAUUCUCCUACUUCGAAGUUUCUGGACGAUUGGAGCAAACACAACGACCAUCGAAACAUGGGAAAUCGAAAGACAUGCGACUCUCGUCCGACGCGCUCGUGUCCUGGGUGGAUACCUUGAGGGCCCUGGUGGAAUCCGGGUGUACAUCAAAAAGCAAGAAUAUCCGUACGACAUCGGUAUAUGGGCGAACAUCAAGCAAGCCAUGGGCGGGAGCGCAAAUGUGAUCAGCUGGUUCUGGCCGCUUGCUGCGAGUCCUGAUCGUCGCACCGGUUGGGAAUUUGAGACGAAUGAUUUUGAAGACCCCGGUGUCUCAUGGCCACCUCCUGACCCGGACCGAAUCCCGAUACCUGCAAGCGCAAAGCCGCCAAGGAACUUCCGCAUGCCUCAGUAUGAGACCAUUCAAGAUGAGAUCGAUGCCUUCAAUCGUCGCAAAGAGGAAGACAUGAAGCGAUUCCAGCAAACUUCUGGGUUACAACGUCGCAAACCUUUCCACAAUCGUCACCCAGCAAACAAUUAUGCGGAGAGUGAAGGCGACGAUUCCGAUACCGGCUCUCGAAAUGGCUCAGACGAAGGCGAGGAGUCGUGGCGAAAUGCAGAGGGGGAAAGAUUACGUGACUUUGGGGUUGAUGAAGAGGCGGAGUUCUACGACGAGGAAGACAUCCCUCUUGCCGUUCUCAUUGAACGACGAAGGCAGCAGGAAUCUCGGGAAAGAGCUCUGCAUCACAACUCCUAA